AUGGCAACAGGAAGUCGCAUCCCGGAAAAUUACGAGACCCUCACCCCAAUCCUCAAAGCACCAGUCUCGGACACUUUUGCUGUUCCGUUGUCACAGCAAGGUCGUAUUUGCGGUUUCUUCGAGGCGCAGUUUUUCCGUUGUAUGGAAGCCUAUGGAGCGAAAUUAGGACGAAAAUAUUGUGAUUUGGAACAUCGCGAUUUCAGGGAGUGUUUGACUGGAGAUAAGCAAAAGAAGGUAGAUAAUGUUUUUUAUCGUUUUUGCAGACCACUAUUUUUGGCUCUUCUUUUAAUAUUCGUUUUCCCAAUUUUUCGUUAUGAUGUUCUUAUUUCUAUUGAACUUGUUCGUUAUUUAAUGCUAGAG